GUGCAGCCGGAGGAGGCUCCGAAGCUCACACCCAAACAGGAGAAAGAGGCUUGGUCUCCGGAUGAAAACGAGCCGAUCCCCUUCACAGAGUCGACUUGGAACCUGCUCCUAGUCCUGGGCUUCACAAAGGCUGGCUGGAUCGAUAUUGUGGUUGGCUGCGGGGUCUUGGUCGGAAGUCUCCUUCUGCAGGCAGGCUUGUGCUACGUGCUUCUAACAGGUGCUUUCCUUGGAAAGCCGUUGGACGGAGAGAUCGACACCGCGAGGAGGUGGCGAACCUUCACUGCACAUGAUUUCAAGCAUCUGGACAUCACUGAAACGAGCCUCGUGUCGCGCGUUUGCAACGGAGAUGGCUCCUUGAUCAUGUCCACGAAGCAGGCAGACCUCAUCUUGCAACUGAACGCCUACCUUGGCAUGCAAGCUCAUGAGUUGACUCCGGAGGGCGUCUCUCCGGGGAGUGUGCUCUGUGUCCUUUGUAUCGCCUGGUGGUGCCUCUACGUGGCGAGAGAGUACCGGGCCAUCUUCUCGUCCUUGGAAGGCUUGUGGAAUGUGCCUCGGGGGCCCUCCAACCUGGAGCUGGGAACCCUUCGGUCGGUGUCGCUUCCACGGUUUCUUCUUUUCUGCGCACUGCGUCUCUUGAAGGCUGUGAUUUCAAGCCUCUUGCUCGUCGCCGGCAUCCAGUGGCUGGUGAAUGCCGUUGCCAUAAGGAGCAUCGUUUUACGGGCUGUCGCCAUAAAAACUUUGUUCGAGCUCGAUGCCGUGUUCUAUGCGGCUUUCAUGCCAAAGCGGCUCCAGGUUAGCAUGAAAAAGCUAAAGCCCCUGCAGUUUCGCAACUCGGUGUGCCGAAGCCAAAUUGAAUCCCUUCUCCUGCUGCUCUUUUCCUGGUCGGGGUGA